CUAUGACAAAGAAAGAGAGAAGGGCAAAGAAAGUGCCUUUGCAAUUUGUAGAGUCAAGCCAAGCUAACACUCAGCAGCAAACAGGACAGAACAAGUCAACUGCCAAUGCUGAGGAAACUACAUUAGAUGCUGCUGCUAAGGCAAAAAAGAACAAAAAGAAGAAACCCAAAACAUCUGCAACAGGACAAUCAGUGAACUGUGGUCAAGGGGAGGAAAUUAAUGUCUCCCAGUCUGCACCCCAAGCAGAUGAGCCUGCAACUGCACCAUGCUUUAGGGAGAAGCAACCAAUUGUGAGACCUACUGCUCCAACAAACCAAGGUGUAUCAACAGGAGUAUCAGCUGAGACCAUGGCUGCAGCAACAUCAGGAACUGCAUCAAGACUUUUUAAGUUCAUCCCCACUCCAGGGAUUAGGCCUCCUGACAAGAAUUGAGUAGUUGAUAUAGUUUAAAAGUUUGGAACUAGGAAGAAAAGAUAAUUUGGACAAUAAC